GCUCCACAGCGAUGCUGUGCGCUUCCAUCAUGACAGACCACUGGGAGCAGGUGGCGUGGGAGCGCGCGGCUGUGGUCGCGCUCGCCAACGCCUCCAACACCGCACUGCAAUGGUUCCUUGACGAUAAAGUCGCUAAGAUCGAGGAAACUGGUCACAAUAGGAAGGGAGCUGGAACCUUUUUAGUGCCGAUGAACGGCGGAAUAUGGACCAUGUGCGUGUCUCUGGAAGAGGAAGAAGUAAGAAUGCUGUCAAGAGUCGGGUUCCCCACAGAACCGCUGUGCACAAAUUACUUAGCGGAGAGCGAUGAUGAGGAGCCUCGGGCAGAUUGGCAACAUCGGAUGCAGAACCUAUCAAUAUCGUGUGCGCUCGUGUGUCUAAUCGUGCUGGGCAGCGCGGCUUUGGUCGGCGCGUUCGGGAUAUGCAAGCACCAGAUCAGCGCCGUCCUCAUUACAGGAGUCAUGUACCUCUUGGCUGGUCUCUUCGCAAUGUUCACCUUGAUGAUCAUCCACUUCAAGAGAAUCCAGCGGGUGUCCACCCGAGGCAGUUCCCACGGUGACCACACAGGGGACGGAGUGAUAGGCCCUCAGGCUCCUGCCCUCUCCCUCUUGUCAGCUAGGGAGUUCUCUACCGCCUGGUCACUAGAUCUAGGCUGGGGAGGCGUCGCAUUGGCCACCACGACCUCUUUAUUAUGGAUACUGCUCUCAAAAAUCAUGAGGUAUAACCCCCUGUCUGCCAUGCUGCUGUGAAUGGGUAGGGUAAGAAGGUGACAACGUCAGAAGUCUACAGAACGAGUAAUUUGGUAACAAUAGAACGGUGGUGGGCGCGAUAUUUGAAUGUGAGCACAAGUAAGGUACCUACAUACACAAGAAGUUCCGAUAACAAUCCAAAAUUGUCAUGGUCUCUAAAGAAAAAUGCAACUUUAUGUUAUGAAGAAAAAAACCCUAUCGGAUCACCAGAACGGAUUUAGGUUUAAAUUACUCGUAAGUACCUUUUGACACAAGAAACAACGAAAAGCACGUGGAUUUAACACUACAAAAGCUACGUAAAAAUAAAGAAAUACCCCGAGGAGUGAAAAUAUGGACCAGUGUGUAUGGCGUUGUCUUAAAACAGUUGGUUUUUUUUUUACUAAUAGAUAGUCAAUUAAGCGAUUUUAAAAUUGUCAAACUACAAAUGCAGUCAAUUCAAUUUUAAAAGCCUCGGAAAGAUCUCAUCUAACCGUUGUGUUUUUAAGAUGUUUCCAGCCAUGCUUUCAUUCUUACUGCAGAUUUUUAAUACUAAAGUCCUGAGAAAUACGAUACUAUUAUUUUUAAUGUCAAGUCCUACGCUUUAAACAAAUAACUUGUUAUAGUAAUAACUAUGGUCUAGCUUUUACCUUAAUCAGUACCUAGCGCCCGUAUUCACAAACGAUGCUUGCUUAAGUGAAGCAGCAAAUCGAACGCACAGCGUUGAAUAGAGCACUAUGAUUAGUUCGUUUGUCACCCUGUGCGUCCACGCGCAC